AUGUGUACCAGAAAGUACUACGGAGAAGAGGGGACCAAAGGGCUGCUUAUGCUUCGCCUCUUCGUGGGAAAACUCCAAAGGAGACUUUCGCUUUUAGCAGCAGCAGCAAGAGAUAGCGAUGAGAGUGCUCUCGAUGAAGAAUUGGAAGUGGCAACAACCGUGCCUGAGGACGUCAAGGAAGGACAUUUCGCGGUUUUGGCAGUAAAAGGUGAUGAGAAAAAGAGGUUUGUUGUUAAGCUAGACUACUUAACAAUCCCGGAGUUUCAAAGGUUACUUGAGCAAGCUGAAGAAGAAUAUGGCUUUGAACAAAGUGGAGCUCUUGCAGUUCCUUGCAGACCUGACGAACUUCAGAAAAUUUUGAGAAGACAUACCAGGGAUGAGAGCAGCUUCUCUAAAGAAGACUACACCUUCUAUUAAUCUUACCAUCAAACAGGAAAACUAGGCAACUGAACACAUUUAGCUUAUUCAAGUUUGUAUAUCUACUCAUUAUUCUUAGUUUUCACAAUUUCAACUGGACAAGAAAGAGAAUGUUACAAGGAAUCAUGAGUGAGGCUGUGUGUUUGAAUAAUCGAUGUAAUUUUAUUCAUUAUCAUAACCCAUGAUACUCGUUUGUCCCAA